AUGUCGGAAAUUCAGCCUUCGUUUGAGAUGUCUCCAGCCGGAGUUGCCCUCUCAGCAAUCGCCUUUCUGUCCGUCAUCGUUUGCAUCCCACCGUUAGUCUGGCAUGGAAGGAAUAAGAACUUUCCUGCAAUUUGCUUGACUGUCUGGCUGAUUAUCCAGAAUAUCUACAAUUUCAUCAACCCCUUGAUUUGGCCCACUGAUGAUAUUGGAUCAUGGUGGGAGGGCCAUGUGUAUUGUGAUAUUCAAGCCAAAAUCAUUGUUGGUUCAGGUGUUGGUAUUGCCGGCCCAUUGGCAUGUAUUUUCCGAUCACUAGCGAAAGUGAUGAAUACCGACAGUGCGACUCUCAUGCCGAGCAAGGGAGAGAAAAGACGAACGCUUGCCUUCGACAUCACCUUUUGUCUGCUAAUUCCCGCUAUGGUGAUGGCUCUUCACUAUAUCGUGCAAGAAAACCGCUAUUUUAUUUUUGCCAUAGUCGGUUGCAUGCCUUCCUACUAUUCCAGCUGGCCUACUAUUGUUGUUGGUUACAUGUGGGCUCCUUUAGUGCUUACAGUUGCCGCGGUGUAUGCAACGAUUGUGGUGUACCGACUCAUAAAAUACAAGCGUGAAUUCAAUUAUAUUGUUUCCGCCAGCAGCACCACGAAUAAGUCAAGAUUUAUUCGGCUCUUUGCGCUCUCCAUGGUUAUGCUUGUCGGCAGCUACCCCGCACAACUUUAUGUGCUGUUCUUUAAUAUCACCGGUUGGGGGCCCGUGAAACCUUUUUCGUGGAGCAAAGUUCACCGGCCAGAUUGGCAGACCAUAGACAAAUACCCCAUGGGUGGUGUGGUUUUUUUCGAUCGCUGGAUUCAAGUCAUUGCGGGCUUCUUAUUAUUCGCCUUUUUCGGCUUUGGAAAAGAUGCGACACUGAUGUACCGAUCGUUUCUACUUAAGCUUGGGCUUGGCCGAUGUUUCCCGGGUCUCGAACAUCCUCAUAUUUCAGGGUCUGGACACAGUUCCUCUGGGACCAAAGGUGGAUCUUUUGGAAGCCGUGCAAGAAUGAUUUUCAAAAAGAAGUCCCAAGAAACCGUGGCUACCUCUACUCCUUCAAGAGCAGAUGACUGGAACUCUCUGACCCUCAAAACAAUGACAUCUGACGAUUUCGGACGCCGGAGUUCAUCGUUAUCCUUAGCAAAACCAAUUGCAUUACCAGGACAGGCGCGAACAGCUCCGGGGGGCCGACGCCCAUCAUUGCUCUCUGAACCGGACCUGUUUGACGCCGGAGAUAUCUUGCAAACUUCGCCUCCCAUAUACAAUCGCAACCAGCAUCUUGAUUCUAUCGAAGUGAAGAAAUCCUUCACCGUUGAGCACGGCACAAGAGGGAGCGACAUGGUAUGA